AUGAACUCUACAAAAGUUACCAGCAAAAAUGUCUUGAAAUCUCAGGGCAAGUGCGUCGAGAAUUCUAGGCAAUCGAAUGGUUACAGAGGCGUGAGGCAGCGGCACUGGGGCAGAUGGGUGUCGGAGAUUCGGGAGCCGCGGAAAAAGAAGAGAAUAUGGCUAGGUUCUUUCAAGACGGCAGAAAUGGCAGCAAGGGCUCAUGAUGUGGCUUGCUUUCAUCUUCGAGGUGACAAGUCUCUGCUCAAUUUUCCGCAAGAAAUCGAGUUUUUGCCCCGGCCUUGCUCGUCGGACCCGAAAGACAUUCGGGCGGCCUCUUGUCAGGCAGCUGGCUUAAGAACCGUGGGGAUUGACAAGGAGGAGGGUAAUGCAAGUGGUGAUGAUUUUUGGACAGAACUUGAAUUGCCGGAGCUCUUAGAUUUUGAUAUAUUAUUCAACGAUGUCCUAGUCGUGCCUUAA